AAAAGAAAAAUCAGUCCAGCCGUGAAAAAAAAAUUAUAAUAGCACUUAAUGAGGAGAUGGGACUAUUAAACAACCAAGAAAGUGCUUGAGCUUCAAUUACUUGUUGGAAAUUGCCCAAUGGAGACUUAAAAUUAGUCUGGGAGAAAUAUAUAUAUAUUUGGAAGCAAAUUUUUGAAUUAUCUAAGGCACUGAUAAUGGAAGUGAAGAACGUUUGUAAGUGGAUAUCAGAAAGCUUUUAUCAACUGAUUUAAUGUUUUUGUGUCUGUGAUAGGCAUCUCCAAUGAAAAUUAUAAACUAUCCUUUAGUUCAUCCAAAUAUCAAAGUUCUUUUUAAAGAUUCUGGAAAGAAUGUCAAUGGCAGCUACCUGUUUCUAGCUUCCAUAUUUAACAAUAUGACAUUCACUUUUGGAAUUUAUGGAUACUAUUCUGAAUCACUAUUUCAAGGCAUUUUUACUUAGUAUUUAUAAGAUGUUUUAUAAUUAUAUCACCUCUUUUACAGGUCCAAAAGGCAGAUUAUUAAUAAAGAAUCUGCCAAGACCUAUAAAUUAUAUAUCCCCAUUUAAAAAAAACAAAAAUCUACCUUUAAUAGAAAAGGAAACAAAGACUACAAGGUAUCGUAAAUUAUGCAUAGAGGUUUACUAGUGGUGAGAUAUGAUCAGUCAUCUCUGCUUGCUUUUUAUAUACUGUAUAUAUUCCAGGACAGAAAAACCAAGAUUUUAUUAAUUUGUUCUCAUCAUGAUUAUGUCUCCUUUAAUCUUUCAAGGGAUUUCUUUGUUUUUAUAAAGCAAUGGGAAAUCCAGAAAACAUAGAGGAUGCAUACGUUGCUGUUAUUCGGCCAAAGAAUGCUGCCAGUCUCAAUUCUCGGGAAUACAGAGCUAAGUCAUAUGAAAUUUUGUUGCAUGAAGUUCCCAUUGAAGGACAGAAAAAAAAGAGAAAGAAGGUUUUGUUGGAAACUAAACUGCAAGGUAACAGUGAAAUAACACAAGGCAUAUUGGACUAUGUAGUAGAAACCACCAAACCAAUUUCUCCUGCAAACCAGGGUAUCAGAGGAAAACGAGUGGUCCUGAUGAAGACAUUUCCUCUGGAUGGGGAGAAGGUGGGCAGAGAAGCAGCGUUAUUUAUUGUUCCGUCAGUUGUUAAAGAUAAUACUAAAUAUACUUAUACUCCAGGAUGCCCAAUUUUUUACUGCUUACAAGAUAUUAUGCGAGUCUGUAGUGAAUCCAGCAGUCACUUUGCUACACUUACAGCAAGAAUGUUAAUAGCCUUGGAUAAGUGGCUAGAUGAACGUCACACACAGUCUCACUUUAUUCCAGCCUUAUUCCGACCUUCUCCUCUUGAGCGGAUAAAAACUAACGUUAUAAACCCUGCAUAUGCUACUGAAUCAGGUCAGGCAGAAAACUCACUACAUAUGGGCUACAGUGCACUAGAAAUAAAGAGUAAAAUGUUAGCCCUAGAGAAAGCAGAUACCUGUAUUUACAACCCUUUGUUUGGAUCAGAUCUUCAGUAUACAAACCGGGUAGAUAAAGUGGUAAUAAAUCCAUACUUUGGUCUCGGAGCUCCGGACUACUCGAAAAUCCAAAUUCCUAAACAGGAAAAAUGGCAGAGGAGCAUGAGCAGUGUCACCGAAGACAAGGAACGACAGUGGGUAGAUGAUUUUCCUCUCCAUCGAAGUGCCUGUGAAGGAGAUUCGGAAUUAUUAAACCGACUUCUCAAUGAAAGAUUUUCAGUCAACCAAUUAGAUAGUGACCACUGGGCACCCAUUCAUUAUGCAUGCUGGUAUGGAAAAGUUGAAGCCACUCGCAUAUUGUUAGAGAAAGGAAAGUGCAAUCCAAACCUUUUAAAUGGACAACUUAGUUCUCCUCUUCAUUUUGCUGCUGGAGGAGGACAUGCUGAAAUAGUACAGAUCCUCCUAAACCAUCCAGAAAUUGACAGACACAUAACAGACCAACAGGGAAGAUCUCCUUUAAAUAUUUGUGAAGAAAACAAACAAAAUAAUUGGGAAGAAGCUGCGAAGUUGUUGAAGGAAGCCAUUAACAAACCAUAUGAAAAAGUUCGGAUAUACAGGAUGGAUGGAUCAUACCGUUCUGUUGAACUGAAGCAUGGAAAUAAUACCACAGUGCAGCAGAUAAUGGAAGGAAUGCGUCUCUCUCAAGAAACACAGCAAUAUUUCACUAUUUGGAUCUGUUCAGAAAACCUCAGCCUUCAACUCAAGCCUUAUCAUAAACCAUUGCAACAUGUUCGUGACUGGCCAGAAAUACUUGCUGAAUUGACUAAUUUGGAUCCCCAAAGGGAAACACCACAGCUUUUCCUAAGAAGAGAUGUGAGACUUCCUUUGGAAGUUGAGAAAAAGAUUGAAGACCCACUGGCUAUUCUUAUUCUCUUUGAUGAAGCCAGAUACAAUUUAUUGAAGGGCUUUUAUACAGCUCCUGAUGCUAAACUGAUAACGUUGGCAAGUCUACUGUUGCAGAUAGUUUAUGGAAAUUAUGAGAGUAAGAAACACAAGCAAGGUUUCCUAAAUGAAGAAAAUCUCAAAUCUAUUGUACCUAUUACCAAAUUGAAAAGUAAGGCACCUCACUGGACAAACCGAAUACUUCAUGAAUACAAGAAUCUUAGUACAAGUGAAGGUGUCAGUAAAGAAAUGCAUCACCUACAGCGUAUGUUCUUACAGAAUUGUUGGGAAAUUCCUACAUAUGGUGCAGCUUUUUUCACAGGACAGAUAUUUACAAAGGCAAGCCCCAGUAAUCAUAAAGUCAUUCCUGUGUAUGUAGGUGUGAAUAUAAAAGGACUUCAUCUCCUCAACAUGGAAACUAAGGCUUUACUCAUCAGUCUUAAGUAUGGUUGCUUCAUGUGGCAGUUGGGAGAUGCUGAUUCAUGUUUUCAGAUCCAUAGUAUGGAAAAUAAAAUGAGCUUUAUAGUACAUACAAAACAGGCUGGCCUUGUGGUAAAACUACUAAUGAAGCUAAAUGGACAGUUAAUGCCCAUGGAAAGAAACUCGUGAGAGGGAAGCUGAUACUCAAGUCACCACAUUUUGUGAUGUAGAUUUUUUCCAUGAAAGAUUUCUUAAACUAUUACUUUUAACAAGGCAUUUAGUCUCGUGUAAUAUAUAUACAUAUACUAUUACAUUGUACAGAAUCUGUACUCAUGUUUGGUGUGUAAUAUACCAAUUAGUUUUAUAUAAUAUCCUUGUAAGUUAAUUUUUAAGAGAAACACACAAAAAUGUGUAGAUUGAUAGUCUGUAUAACAUUAGACAAAACAGUAAGCUUUAAAAAAAGUUAUUUUUGGUAAAUGAUAAAGAAUUUAGAGGGGACUAUGAUGAAAUUAAAAAUAUAGCUUUGCUAUAUCUAUGUGUGUGUCAUUUCAAAAUAUAUAGAAAGUCAUCAUAAUUUGAAUAAAGAAAAUAUGUUUUCUACUUAAA